AUGAGAUGUGAGUUACGAGUUAAGAUUGGAUAUUUAAAUUAUCUCAUACAUGUGAUUAGAAAAGUUGAAAAUCAGAAAAUCUAUGUAGCAACACGCAUACAUCAUUCACCUAAUUACCCUGUUAGUUGUUGUUUUUUUCAACUUCUUGUUCUUCGUAAAAAUCAUUGUUUAACAGCUGAUUUAGUCCAAAUGGCCUAUUUAAAUAUUAUUCGGUGA